CAGGUGUAUGAACAUAUCUGACAUUACACUGAUAUAACUUUAAUAUUUCAGAAUUUUUUUGCAACUGUGUAGUGUGUAUACCACAGUACCAAGAGUCUUAUAUAAUUUAAAUAUGGAGGAAAAUGAUGCCACUAUUGGGGAUGCAUCACAAGAUGCAGCUAAAGUUGAAGUGACUGAGGAAAAUGAUGCCACUAUUGUGGAUGCGUCACAAGAUGCAGCUAAAGUUGAAGUGACUACACAGCAGCAACCUGGAGCAGGCAGAAGAGGAAAGAAGGGGAAGAAGACAAAGUACAAGCCAUUGGAUUUAAACAGCCUUCCUGAUCCACCCGCAUCAAGCACAUCUAGAAAUAAUGGUCAAUCACAGUAUCAACAGAAAUCUAGUUGGACUCAACCACCCAGACAACAACCCCAAUCAGUGCAGGGAGGUGGUUACUCAGAGCCAAAGAGGGAACAAAAUAGCUUUGGUCAACAACGGCAACCAUAUCAAUCUCAUAGAGGGCCACAGCAACACUAUGGUGGUAAAACAGAUUCUGUUGCUUUAUCAAGGGCACUUGCAACGUUACUUCGUCAUGGAAAGCCAAGUAAUAUCCCCAUUGAUUCUCAUGGAUUUGCAGACAUUGACAGAAUAGUAAGUCAUCCCAGCUUCUCGAAGUUCAACGCAUCGGUAAAAGAAAUUCAAAAUAUUGUCACAAGUAAUGAUAAAAAGAGGUUCGAGAUAGAACAAGAUAGCGGAGGUCGUUAUCAAAUUCGUGCAGUUCAAGGUCACUCUAUCAGAUUAGAAGCGGAAAAAUCUGGACUCUCGCCUUUGACAGACCCAAACAAGUUCAAGACUAUUCUCCAUGGAACCUAUGAACAAAAUUGGAGAAAAAUAAAAAAGCAAGGUCUCAAUCGUAUGUCAAGAAGCCAUAUUCACUUCACGAUUGGCCAUAUAGGAGAAAGUCAUGUUACAAGCGGAAUGAGAAGUAACUGUGAAAUCAUCAUUGAACUUGAUUUAGAGAAAGCAUUGGAAGCAGGCCUGAAGUUUUAUGUGUCAACAAAUAAUGUAGUUCUAACGGAAGGUGACGAAUCUGGCACAGUUUCUGCCAAAUAUUUCAAAUCCACAAUUAAAAAGUGGAAUCAUAAAAUGGGAAAAUUUGAAAUGAAAGAGUUUACAUAUUCUGAAUCUUAAGAUGUCCAUAAACAUGGUUUAUUAACAGGGAUUUCUGUUAUACUGAACACCAAUCUUUCAUAAUAUUGCUGAAGAUGAAUAUUAAAUGUGCAACCGGUAUUGUUUUUUCAUGUAACUAUUGUACAUUUAUUAUUCUAAUAAUAACUUGGAAAAUUUUAUAAUCUUAACCAACUGUAUAAUAUGUAUUUGAAUGAAUUGAAUAUUACUGGUGCUGAAUUCAUGGAAUGUACAAUGGCAAUUAUGUGGAUGGUGACAAUUAAUGCAAUGUGAUGAAUAUUGUUUUAACACAUUAAAAAAAAUCUUGCUAGAACAAAUAUAUUGCGUGUAUCUUAUUCAUGUCAUGAUGACAAUUAGUAUAUGUUUUAAAUUAGUUGUAGCCCGGUAUAUUAUAGUUAAACUAUUACUAUAUAUGCAUGAUUCUAAUUUUUUGCCUCAUGCUUGGUUGUGGUAAUCUACAUUCUUCAAGUGAAAUUUAUGCAAUUGAAAAUCAUUUUAUUUCAAUGUUAAAGUAUACUAGGAAGCAAAAAAUGUAAUGACUUAUCAACAACAAUAUUAUGGAACCAAACCAGCAUUGUGGUAUUCUUUUUUCUCGAAAAUAAGUUUAUUUUAACAGUUAAAAAAAACUUAUUUUUAUAAUGCUCUGCAGUCUGCAUGCCAUUGAUUAGGCCACUGUAUUCCAAUAUUAUGAAGUAUCUCGCUAUCAAUGAUUUUUAACAAGCAUGAUUGCUUGUUGCUAGAUAUUUUUCCCAUUUGAUGCUAUUUUAUAUCAAUUUACUGUCCUUCAACUGGUAGUACUCUUCAACUAGCAUAUUUAUCUAGAGUGCUAACUUCAAAUGACGUUGUGUUACAGUAUAUUAACCAAAGUAACAUAAUUUGAUUGUAAUAUGAAAUAGUAAUACCCUCUAGAUUCAACCUGUACAUGUAUUUCAGUUUAUUCGCUUUUACUAAUUUUUGGUGUAAUCAUUUUAGA